CAAUUCAUCGCCUUCCGGUGGUAGAAACUUCUUUGCGUAGAGUCGUGCGAUUUUCAUUAAUACAUUGUCGAUAUACCUUCGCGUGGCGUCUUCUUUUUCAGAACCCGGUCUCAAUGGUCGAGCUCUUGGAUGAGGGAGGGAUGAUGUGGAUGUGGUGGAGAUGUUGCUUGGAGCAGGGGAGGGGAGGGAAUGGAGGAAGCCUCCUGGUUGGAUCGAGGUAUCGUCUUCCAUUUUGAUGACUGGUUUACUGCGAUUUCACUCAGGCUUCGGAUGGUCAUUCAGAAUAAUUGAGAUAAUUCUAGGAUGAGAGGUACAAAGGCGGGUGAGAGUUGAUUUGGGGGCUGAUCUCGUGAUCCCUAUCGCAUCGCCCAGGCCGGGUCGGGCUCACCUAUCGCGUCUCCGCAGCUCGUCGCAAAAAGUUGACCCUGAAAGUAAAUAGCAACACCACCGGCAAACCAACUAAUGAAUCCCACUUUGCGAUACCCGCUUGAAUAAUUAGAACUGAAUAUUAACUCUAGUUCAUUUCAGAGAGGGUUCAAACCUCAGCUUUUAUUGAGCCAAUAAGGCUACGAAACAAUGUCCAGCCUUGAUGAUCUAUUCAAGGUACAUAACUCUCCAUUUUGCUCAAUUCAAACUAACAAUGCCUCGCAGAAGCCUGCACUUCCCAGCAACAAGAGAAAGCUAGAAACAGCUCGAGAUCCAAGUUCGAACCCCCUCUUAAUUUCCAAAUUCAUACAAUGCUGACAGCUAGCAGAUGAAAUUUACAAGGCAGCAAAGGUAGGCUCAAACGGCCUCGGAAAGAGCAAUGGAAAGGCUGCAGAAGUCGCAGAAGAGGAUGAUGACGAUAUGGAAGCUGGACCCUCUAUGCCGCCGGAUGACGAAGAUUACGGACCCGAUAUUCCCGACGACGACGAAGGUCGAUUCUUUGGAGGGGGCGUAACACAAGAAGAGAAUGAAGUUUUGGAUUAUAUGGAUGGACAAGAGUCUGCAGAAAUUGCACCGGAGAAAAUUGACUCGGCAUGGCUGCGGAAACUGGCUCUCAACUUCGAGAAGAAGAUCACAAAGAAUGCGGAAUUGAGGGCAAAAUUCGAGAAUGAGCCGGCGAAGUUUAUGGGGAGUGAAGCGGAUUUGGACGCUGAUAUCAAAGCUUUGAGUAUCUUAUCGGAACAUCCAGAAUUAUACGCCGAGUUCGCAAAAUUGGGAUGUGUAGGAAGUUUGGUGGGGUUGUUGGCGCACGAGAAUACGGAUAUUGCCAUCGAUGCUGUGGAAAUCAUAAGUGAACUCACGGAUGAAGAUGUGGAGGCAGAGCAGGAGCAAUGGAAGGCAAUCACUGAUGCCAUGGUGGAAUCUGAUUUAUUGGACCUCAUAAUUUCAAAUUUCUCGAGAUUUGACGAAAGUAUUGAAUCAGAUAGAAGUGGUGUUUACCAUGCGCUCUCCGUCCUCGAAAAUCUCGCAUCACAACAAUCUCUCGCCGAGAAGAUUGGACAAGAUACUACAGUUUUAAAAUGGCUUCUGGGGAGAAUACAAAAGAAAGAAAGCCCAGUCACCCAAAAUAAGCAAUACGCCGCAGAAGUUCUCGCCAUCCUUCUACAAUCCUCAUCAAUCAAUCGAACGAAACUCUGCGAGCUUGACGGAGUCGACACCCUCCUUCAAAUCCUCGCCGCAUACAGAAAACGAGAUCCAGCAAAAGGAACCGAAGAGGAAGAAUUCGUAGAAAACGUAUUCGACGCAUUAACAUGUUGCGUCGAUGAACCCUCCGGAAAAUCCAAAUUUCUCGAAGCCGAAGGCACAGAACUGUGCCUCAUUAUGAUCCGCGAAGGCAAAAUGAGCAAACCCAGAGCCCUUCGACUCGUCGACCACGCUCUGAAUGGAACCUCGGGAGUCGAAGCCUGCGAAAAACUCGUUGAUGCUGCAGGUUUGAAGGUGACAUUCAGCAUGUUCAUGAAGAAAUCUCUUGAUGCCCAAACUAUUGAGCAUCUUCUCGGGAUUUUCAGCUCUCUGCUUCGUCAUUUACCUGCCAAUUCUGCCUCUCGGAUACGAACUCUAGCGAAGUUUGUAGAGAAGGAUUAUGAGAAGAUUGUAAAACUAAUCAAGAUUAGGCGCGAUUUUGCCGCUAGGGUUGCGGUGGUGGAUGGCGAAAUUAAUGAUGAAUCAAAAGGCAUGGAUGCUGAGGAGAGGGAGGAGAUGGCUGACGAGUCGUUGGGGAGGAGAUUGGAUGCUGGAUUAUUUUGUUUGCAGAGUGUGGAUGUUGUCCUUAGUUGGUUAGUAGCAGAGGACGGGGGUGCAGAGAAGAAGGUUAGAGAGUUGUUGGCCGAGAGGGAUGAGGGCUUAGAGCUGCUGAAGAGCACGAUAAUGGGUAUGUUUAACGAUAUCCCCCCCUUUUCUUCAUUGAGACAAAAUUGCUGACGGUGGGGAUUUACAGAGCAACUUAAUACGAUAACAGGCGAUUCAGAAGAAGAAACUCUGAUGAAGGACAUGCUAAACACAUUGGCACAAUUUCUAGCAUAAUAGG